AUGACUCGCGCCACCAACUUCAAAGAGCUCUACGCCGGCGAGGGGAUCCUAGAGACCUAUAUGAUCGCGGAGAAGAUCACCCGCUAUUAUGCCCAAGAUCUGAUAAAGCUCUCUGGUCUCGAUGAGUCUAGUCUGCGGCCUCUGAAGAUCCUGGACCUUGCCUGCGGAACGGGCGUUGUCUCGGAUGCCCUCCAUGACACACUGGAUUCCCAGUCACAGGAGAACUGGGAACUGACCUGUGGUGAUAUCUCAACUGAGCUCACCGGCCAUGUGAAGCGAAAGAUCUUGGAGAGAAAAUGGGAGAAUUCAACAGCCAAGGUGGUGGAUGCGCAAAACACCGAGCUUCCCACCGGACAUUAUACCCACGUGUUGGCAGCCCUUGCUUUCACCUCCUUCCCAGAUACCUAUGCUGCAAUGAAAGAGGUCAUGCGGAUUCUUCAGCCAGGGGGAACGCUUACUAUUUCGACUUGGCAACGAACUGAAUGGCUUGCCAUUGUUGAGGCCGCUGUCGCCACGAUCCCCGCUGAUCUACCAUUCCCAACAACCAAGGAAUUCAUGUCCUGCAUGAACCCAGGAUGGGACUCGGAGGACUAUGUUCAAUCUAGGUUCGAGGAAGCAGGAUUCCAGAAAGUCCAAGUCACGACAAUCGCCAAGGAAUUUGAGACCAGUAUUGAGGACUUGUACAAGAUCUCACAGCCGGUUAUUCCGAUCAUUGUCAGUAAAUGGUGGAACCAGGAGCAAAGGGAUAAGCACGAGCAGGAUAUCCUGCCAGCUCUUGAGCGCCAUUUGAAGGAGACAUAUGGGGAGAGUGGCAUGGUGCCGCAGAAGUGGAUUGCUGUUUUUGCAACUGGUCAGAAGUCAUCUUAG